GCCCGCCGUUCAAAGCAGCUGCCACCCUCACCCACCUUCCUCCUAUCGCAGCUGCUAGCCGAAUACCACGGCUUUCUUCCAUCACCAUGUCUGAGCCUCUAAGAGAAAGCUUCGAGGGCAUUUACCUUGACCUGUCCAGGCAGCCCGGACGCUGUCGCUUCGCUGAGUCGGGUCUUGGCUGGAAGCCCUCUGCUGGCGGUGACACUUUCACCCUCGACAGCAACAACAUCACCCAAGCGCAGUGGAGCCGUGCGGCACGAGGCUAUGAACUGAAGGUCUACACCAAAACCUCAGGUGUCAUACAGCUUGAUGGCUUCCAGCAAGAGGAUCUCGACCGUCUCACCAAAUUGUUCAAGCUCUGGUACACGAUCAACCUCGAAAACAGAGAGCACGCGCUUCGUGGCUAUAACUGGGGAAAGGCUGAAUUUGGAAAGGCUGAGUUGACCUUCAACGUUCAGAGCCGCCCUGCCUUCGAACUCCCCUACUCCGAGAUUGCAAACACAAACUUGGCCGGAAAGAACGAGGUCGCCGUGGAAUUCUCCCUCCCUGCCAAUGGCGAGGAGACUGGUACGAAUGGACAUCUUGGCGGAGCCAGGGCCCGUGGCAAGAAGUCGGGCGGUGCGCGCGAUCAACUCGUGGAGAUGCGCUUCUACAUACCAGGAACGGUUACCAAACGGGAGAAGAAGGAGGACGGCGAGGAAGUGUCCGACGGCGACGAGGAAGAGGAGCACAAUGCUGCAAGCCUUUUCUAUAACACGCUGAUCGAGAAGGCGGAGAUCGGUGAGGUUGCUGGAGACACAUACAUCACCUUCGAGGACAUCUUGCACCUCACGCCCAGAGGUCGCUUCGGUCUGGACAUGUACGAGACCUCGUUCCGUUUGCGCGGUAAGACGUACGACUACAAGAUUCAGUACGAGGCGAUCAAGAAAUUUUUCGUCCUUCCCAAGCCCGACGACAUCCAUCAGCUCAUUACUAUCGGUGUCGAUCCUCCCCUUCGACAAGGUCAGACCAGAUAUCCGUUCAUCGUCAUGCAGUUCAAGAAGGACGAAGAGCUGGACGAGGCCGUACCGUUGAACAUCGAACCGGAAGUGUUGGAGAACAAGUACAAAGACAAACUUUCGGCCACAUACGAAGGUCCUAUUUACAGAGUAGUUGCACAACUGCUUCGCGGUCUUUCGGGUCGCAAAACUAUCGCACCAUCGAGGGAUUUCAUCAGUCACCACGGCCAGAGCGGUAUCAAGUGUUCAAUCAAGGCCAACGAAGGACACUUGUACUGCAUGGACAAGAGUUUCUUGUUUGUGCCCAAGCCAGCAACCUACAUUGCUUUCGAGCAGGUCUCGGUCAUCACCAUGUCUCGUGUAGGCGGCAACUUGUCGUCUAGUCGUACUUUCGACAUCACCGUGACGAUGAAGAAUGGAUCGGAGCAUCAAUUCAGCAAUAUCAACCGCGAGGAACAGCAGCCCCUGGAAGACUUCUUCAAGAUCAAGAACCUCAAGACUAAGAACGAAAUGGCAGACGAGUCUGGGGCGCUGCUGGCGGCGGCCUUGCAGGAUGAUGACCUUGCGUCGAGCGACGACGACCAGGUGGCAGCGACUCGCGGAAGCGCGGAUGAGGACUCGGAAGAGGCGGACGAAGACUUCCAGGCCGAAUCGGAGUCGGAUGUGGCCGAGGAAUUCGACUCGGCACACGAAAGCAGCGGCGGGUCGUCGGACGAGGAGAUGGCGGACGCCGACGGCGACGCGGAUGCCGACGGCGAUUCGGACACGGCGGAAAUGGCAGAGCGGCCGAAGAAGAAGGCCAAGCGUGAGGAUUGAGGGGCGUGGGAUGCACGCGCCGGGGACAGGCGUUUUGUUUAAUUUUCUAUUGGGGCGAGCGUUAAGGAAUACUAGUAGCUAGAUGCCCAAACAGGCGCGGUGCAUGGACGCCCCGCACUGGAUUGCCGCGCCGCCGCCGCACGCACGCCCAUGACUUGUGCUCGU